GGUUUAAGAGAUUGCUUUUAUGCUGUUUCUUGCACUCUUGGGUUGUUGUGAAAUAGUUCAUUUCUUGUGUUUCCUUGGGUUUUGUUUGACUUGACCAUACAUUUGUAUGUCUUUUUGAAAGAAAAAUGUAUUUAUUUUGGUGAAUUGUUCUUUGGAUGACUUUUGUCUGUGGUUCCUCUGAAUGCAGUUCCCUCGGUGGCCAGAAAAGGAACCAGAUACCGAGUUACAAAUGAUGGUUAAGCACCCUGUAGGUCCUCUGAGUGAAGCCAGCAGGUUGCCCAGGUGUGCACCAUGAUGUGCUACAGCUUCUCUGCUUCCUCCUGCUCUUCCUUGGCCAGCAGCACCUCUGCAUUCUGCCCCUCCAUGGCUCUUGCUUAGGUCUCAGUUCCCUCACUUUUGGAGAUUUUAACUUUUAAGAAGGGACAGAAAGAUUACAAUUUGAUGUUUGCCCUAUACCUGAGAACCUAUGUUGCCAGGAAAGGGGAGUUUCCAUUGCACAAAAUGGGAUGGUAAGACAGAGAUUUCAGGAAAAAACAUGGGUGAAUAUAUUGAAACCAUGACCCCUCUCAAGGCACACUCCAUGAAACAAUGUACUCCAGCUUGCAUACAUUUAAAGGUGUAGGAAAAAAAUAUUGGCAUCUAGGGAAUAGUAAAAAAUGUGGGAAUUGGAUUAUAUGUCACAUGCAUGGACUCUGGGUUUAUACAUUUCAGGAAGAAGAAUAUCCAUCAUCCACGGUCUUUAGGUCUUUGACUGUUAACAAAGAUGUUCUAUCCAUUUCAAGGCCUGAUACAACUCUCCCUCUCCUCAGCAACUGAGUUGUAAUGAAGGAGUGAGAACUCUGAAGCUCUGGAAGGACAGUGAGCGAAUGGGUGUUCCUGGCUCAAAAGUGAGUCUCUGGAAAAGCCACUGCAGAACCUGGUCAGUCUGGUUGGAGGUAGUUAGCAAGUAAGCUAUGGCAUUUCCCAGUGACAUCACCGGUAGUGUCUUCCCUGGAAAUUCUCUUGUAUCCAGGAAACACUAGAAUGUUCUGUGAUGUCAGCAGUGUUGUGGUGACACCAACUGCCUGAGCGAUUUCCCUUCAUUUCCUAAUGGGUUCCCGAGGAGGCAUGUUCUCCAGGAUCCUCAGUCUCUUUCGGAGGGACAAUCAUAUCCAUGUAGACACCAGACCAAGGCAGAGGGAGGCCAGCCCUCCAUCACGUUGGAGAAGAAGACGAAUGGAAAGGUCCUGGAGGAGGUCACAGUCUGAUCAGAAGGCAUCAUCCCAAGCCUCCAUGACACCUGUUGAGGAGGAGAGAAUGAAGCGUCUGGAGAACCUCAAAAUUGCUCUCCACAAGAUGCAAAAGGAGAGAGAUGAACUCAGGAGAAUCCUGGCUGAUUACCCGGGAAAGAAUUUAAAUGACAGGAACAACUUUGAGUCCGAGAUGCUCACGAUGCAGCACCAGGAAGUGAUGACCGACAUGAAGAAAAUGAGCGAGCAGGUCAAUAGAGCUUUGGUCAAAUGUACACACCUCACACUGGAAAAUGACUGGUACUGCCGCAGCUUCUGCCCCCUCCUAACUGAGUUGUUUGAGCUGAAGAACAAUGCCCAGAGAGCACGGCAUGAGAACAGGGAGCUUCUAUGGGAACAGAUUGCACUGGAAGAGUCCAUUAAGGAAACAACAAGGUUCUGUGGGGAAGCCAGUAUGAAAAUCCACGUAACAAGCAGCCUCAGGUCUGAACACUGCAGCAGAAGCUUUCCCAGGGCCCAGACCAGGACUACAGCUCUCAGAGACAGGACUGUCCACCAGGAGCACUGAGGGUUCAAAGAUUGACACCACCUCCCGCAUCUCAGUCCUUGUAACCAUAGCAAUCCUGGGCUGAAUUUGAAAGACCUUGAGAUGUGGACUGGAACAUGCCUCACGUUUAACCGUUUGACGACUUGUCCACCAACAAUCAACUACACCGAAUGAGGCGUCUACAUUCCUCUUGAAGAGAUUUUUACCAUCUUACCUGCCGUUCUGCUGUGUUUGCAAGGCCAGCAACAGGCUGGAGUUAUAUGUUGAAAAAUCAGCAGGAAUUGAAUGCUGACUAAUUUACUUGUUAUAUUUAGUUUUUAGUUUGAAAUUUGGUUGUUUUAUGCAUUUGGUUUUAUUUGUUUACAUUUGAAGUUUUGUUCUUUAUUUGUUAACAUUAGUUUUUUAAUUAAUAUGCUAUAUUCUUAAGGCUAUAUACAUUGAACUCAUUGACUCCCCACUUUAAAAUGUUCUUGAAUAAAUUAAUGUUUGUCUAUAAAUAAAAAUGUGACCUUUAAUCCCUCACUCAGAA